CUAUUCCACUCGGUGUACCGGUUGCAAAACCUAGGGCACCUGCGCCAAUGAGAGACCGUCCGGCAGGUGUUCAACACCCACUACCAGAACAACACAACAUUGGGAUAUUGGAUGCGGUCUGCAGGGAUUGUCAGGCCCGUCACUUCAACUGUGAGCGCGCUUCUAGAGGCCUUUUCUCCACGUGUUAUAACAACGGUCAGGUGACCGUUACAGGACAUCGCGUGUUGUUGAGAGCACCGGUAUUAUUUAUAACUAAUUUGUUGAUCGCUGAUUCACAGGAAGCUAAAAACUAUCCAACUCACAUUUGCCGGUACAACAACUCUCUGGCAUUCGCUACGUUCUCCAAUGACCUCAAUCCAAGACGGUUGACAGAUCGAGGACCAAACGUGUUCACUGUUCAUGGCCAAGUGUACCGCGGGACGAACAAUGAUGUCGUUGGAAACGGACGGAAGCAACUGAGAUACUGUGAAUUAUAUUUCGUCGAUUCCGCAGAGGCUAACCAGGCCCGCUUGCGAUAACAGCCAGUCCCAGGCCGUCUGUUGGAAGGUUUGCUUGCGGACUUAGACCAACUGCUUCGGAACAU